AUGCUAUUACCGACCUGGCCUCUGGCUUUGACAGCCGCUGCAGUUGUCCCUCCACUGGUCUCAGCGAUCCCUCAUGGAUCAAGUCCUCCCACCUUGGGUCGGGGCAUCGCUGCCGAUGACUUUGUGUCGGUUGACGGCUACAAACUCAAAGACCGCCAGGGCACUGUCUAUCUCACUGGACUAAACUAUUGGUCUUGCAUGAACCUGGCUGCCGAAGGUCAUGUUGGAGGCAACUACUCGCGCUUUAUCACCGAGCUGGACCAAAUGGCAGCUCAUGGCGUCAAUCAUCUUCGCAUCAUGGCAUCUUCGGAGGGCGCUCCUACCUGGCAGCCUUUCAGAAUGUAUCCAGCUCUCCAGGAAGCUCCAGGUGCCUACAAUGAAGCUGUUUUUGUCGGCUUGGACCGCUGCUUGGCAGAGAUGGGCAAGCGUGGCAUGAGAGCCACCAUGACGCUUGCAAAUGAAUGGCAAUGGAGUGGUGGGUUUGGCCAGUAUGUCUCCUGGGCCACCAACAACAGUCAGAUCCCAUACCCUUCCUCUUGGAACUUGACUGCGGCGCCUCAACGCUCGGAACCUGGCACUGGCUGGGGCAACUAUACUGUCGAAGGCGUGGACGCAGACUCUUAUGGCAACUUUACGGCUUACGCCAAUCGCUUUUACACAAUCCCAAAGGCUCAGGAAUGGUACCAUGCUCACAUUGAGAAGAUCCUCAACCGUGUCAAUACUGUCAACGGACGUGUGUACAAAGAGGACGCUACGGUCAUGACAUGGCAAUUAGCCAAUGAACCUCAGCCUGCCGUCGUACCCACUGAGUCUCUCGGCCCCUACUCUCUUGAACUUCCCGCUGCUCCUGAGGAUGCAAUCAUACCUUGGGUCAAGAACACAAGCACAUUCAUCAAGUCUCUCGCUCCGUCUCAGCUCGUCAACGUUGGCUUCGAAGGCAAGCAGGGAAGAUGGUACUACCAGGCCGUCCACAACUUCAGCAGCGUCGACUACGGCACUACUCAUUGUUGGGUACAAAACUGGGGUGUCUACGAUAUGCUGAACUCUUCUUCUACGAACCUUGAGGCUGCAAAGAGUUUCGCUACCGCUUUCGUCGCAAACAGCAGUGAGUGGAGUAAGGAGAUUGGUAAACCGGUUUUCCUGGAAGAGUUUGGCAUGGCGAGAAACAACUGGGAGAAUGAGGGCAAAGAGUACGCAUAUCUGAGCUCUGCAGGAACCAGCAAUAAGGAUGCAUAUUUCACGACUAUCAUCGGCGCUGUCAUGGACGACUUCAAAUCUGGCAACGGUACCUACAUCGGUAGUUGUCCCUGGGCAUAUGGAGGACUUUAUCGACCCGAGACUCAACAUGCGAAUGCGUUCGGAGAGGUUUGGGCUGGUGACCCGCCGCAUGAGGCGCCUGGUUGGUAUGAUCUCUAUGAUACUGAUGAGGCCAUGAAUAUUGUACAUCGUCAACAGCAGGAUAUCGCUGGAUUCUUGUCGACAUGA